UCUCGUUAUUUUCAAGUUCGCUCACCAAUAAAAAACUAUGACUCAAUACUCUCCCUCUGACUUGACUGAACUCGGCAAUAUUAUGAAUAUAGUCUUGCAAGACCACGCAGUAGUUUUUGACGAAGACGACUUUGAGCACAUGUUCUUUGCUUCAUAUCACGCACAGCGGUAUGUUUGUCCUAUCACCCAUUUCAUCGCAGCCCGGCACACGGUUGUUGAAGUGGAGGAUGUUAGUGCGGGUCUCAUGGAUAAGCAAGGCAUCACUUGGCGAGAAGGAAAUCUCGGAAGAGGUGCUUAUCGCAACUUCAGAAAUCGCGUCUAUUCGUCUCCAUACUAUGGUGGUGACUCUAGCACGCUCCACGAGAACCGAGAGGAGUUAGAUUACACAGACAACGAAUAUUACCGAUUCCGAUACACAGAUACAGCAUUCCAUUGCAGCCACCGACAUCCUCAACUACGGAACUUGGUUUGCGCUACAAGCAAAAAUGAUGUCUAUUAUUUAUACAAUAACACAAUUCAGCAUUGGUGCCCGCAGCUCAGGACGUCAAAAACCAUUCUCGGUCAUCCACUCAAGUUACCACAUUCAUCGGUACCGAGGAGGAUCACCACCAUGGCCGCUAAAGAUGACUUGUUGUUGGUCGGAGGCGAGGACGGCUCAUAUACUUUUAUGAAUCUUCAAACUUGUGCAGCACCAGUUCAUGAUUCGUUCACUAAUGGCAAGCAUACUGAGGUGAAUGGGAUUGAAAUAUCAUAUUCGAGGGCUGGAGGUCCACAUGCGUUCAUCUCGACAAAUGAUGCUCUUGUGCGAUGCAUAGACAUGAAGCCGUUAUCUAUUUGCGCAACGUAUCCGACAGGAUGGUUUGCUAAUUAUACUUCGCAAAGUCCAGAUGGACAUAUGAUUGGCAUUGUUGGCGAUGACCCGGAUGGCCUAGUUAUGAGUGUCAACUCUAGGGAAAAGAUUGCUACACUCAAAGGCCACCAGCGAUAUUCAUUUUCGGUGGCAUGGUCACCAGACUCGACUAUGUUGGCGACGGGGAGUGACGACUUUUCAACUUGUAUCUACGAUACACGGAUGAUGGAGAAUCCAGUCCACACCUUGAGUCGUGAAGUCAAAGACUCUAUCCGAUCUUUGCGUUACUCUGCCUGUGGACGGUAUCUAGUUAUGGCCGAGGACAGCGAUUUUGUUCAUAUCGUUGAUACAACAAGUGGUUACUCAAAGGCACAAAAAAUCGACCUUGUGGGCGAUAUUUCAGGAAUUAGUCUAACGCCUGAUGGAGAUGGGCUUUUUGUAGGCGUAUCCAACGUAUCCACAGCGUUUGAUUUCUCAUCUGUUCUUGAGUUUGAAAAGCUUUACAGAGUGCCUGACAAGCUAAUAGAUGAAGAUCACUGGGCUUCAUGGCUCUGAACCACCGUUUUUUCAUUCUUAUUAUUGUAACAAUAAAAAAAAAAUAUUUAUCCGC